AAAGUGAUGGAGUUAAUAAGGAAAUGAGGACAUCUCCUUCUGGCAUCAGCCCGCGGAGUGAGGCCGGAGGAGAUGAAGAUUCCGACCGGAUGCUGAGGUGUCCACACUGCCCUUACACCACCACCCACAAACUCAGCCUUAAUGGCCACAUGAACAUCCACACCAGCCCAGAUGACCUUGCUAAGGCUAGUGCCAGCCCUCAGGGGUCAGGACCCUCAUCUCAGGGCCCCCUGGGGGACACGAGGGCCACAGAUCGCUACUGUUCUGAUUGCGAUAUUCAAUUCUCGUCUGUGAAGACAUUCCGUGUUCAUAAGACUCACUAUUGCCAGACUCGUCAUGUUUUGAAAGGUGGGAACAAGAGUCCUGCAAGGGAGGAUGCAAGUGCCAGCACUGUCAGCACUUUAGCCGGGAUGGUCAGUGCCGCAGCAGGAAGUGGCCAGCCAAUCCUGGCACUCCCCACCAACCCCAUACUGCUAGUGCCAUAUUCACUAGUGGCAGGGGCACAGCUACUGCCUCCUCAUGUGCUACCCCAGGCUGGAGCAGCAGUGGUUCUCCCUAAUGGGCAAGUGCAGCCACUUUCCCCAGGGUCACUUACUGGGCAAGUGCCACCCCCAAUGCUCUCCCCAUCUGCUGGUACCAGGGGAGCAUCUCCCGCCCGCAGCAUCCCUCCCCAGACAUCUCCACAAUUAAAUCAAAGUUUACCCCCAAAGCAGAGUCCCAAAGAUGAGUCAAAGGUGAAAUCUGGGAAUGGAGAGGCAUCAGGAAAGAGACGCGGGGAAGGUGAGUGCCCGCUGGACCUAACUACCAAACGACCAAAGUUGACAGUCAAGACGGACUUGUUGAGCGAUGAUGAGAAGGAGAAUCGGGAGGUCAACACCCCGACUAAGUCGCCUGUCCCUAAGUUGCAUCCAGGGUCAUCCUACAAUGCUGGGGAGUUUGAGGGAAAGUUGUUGGCCUCUCCACCUCGGCCUUCACCAUCGAGUGAAACGGAUGGACAGUCUGCUCCGCGGUCGCCUCGUCCGGCAUCCGCAGCACCAACUAUAGGAUCGCCACGAGGUCUACCCGAUUCCCCAAGACCUUCCACUUCUGCUCGUUCCCCUGGGCAGCAACCUCAGGUCCCGGGUCUACCCCAGCUACCCCCUGGCUUCCCAAGCCUUCUAGCAAGCCUGGAAAGCUUGGGGGGUAUGUCUCUAGCUCAGGGGCUACAAGGUGUCCCCCCAGAGCUAGCUCUAAAGUUACUCAACUCAGAUUUGCUCAUGAAUGGCUUGGCACCCAUACCCAGUGCCCCAGUUAUCGUCAAGCAGGGGGAAGCCAAGUGCAAUGAGUGCAACAUUGUCUUUUAUAAAGAGGAAAAUUUGCAAGUGCACAAGAGGCAUUACUGUGCUGCAAGGCCGGGAAGCCGAGACGACGACCGCCGUACAAGCAACAAGAGUCCAGCAGCUGCAACACUGGCUGGUGAGGCCGGUGCUGGUACCUCCAGAGGCUCACCCACACCUGCCCCUGAUGUAGCAGCACCAUGCAAUGCCAAAGCGGCAGUUUCUGUUUCAAAAGAAGCAGCAAAACCUAGUAAGCCCUUGUUGCAAUUCAUCUGCACAGCUUGCGGCAUCAAAUUCACCUCACCAGAUAACUUAAAGGCUCACCAGACUUAUUACUGCCCCAAGCGUGAAGGGGCAUCUGGGGAAGAAGGAGUGACUAAAGGCCUGUGGCGAUGCCCCAGGUGCCGCUGUGCCAUGCCUGAGACCUUACAGGCAGCUCAUCGGUGCAUGACUCCCUCCCCUGCCCCGUCACAUGGGUGGAAAUGCCCCUGCUGCCCCAUUAUUUCCCCCACUGCUGCAGCUGCUCAGAAACACCUUGAAACACACGCUGGAAUCAAAGGCUUCCGCUGUACCAUCUGUGGUUACCGUGGCAACACACUGCGAGGGAUGCGCACACACAUCCGAAUGCACUUUGAGAAACGGACCAACGACCUCCAAGAAGAGAACUUCAUCUCCUGCAUUCUGGACGAAGAUGAUGGCAGCCGGAGGGCAGCAGAAGCCCAGGGAGUGGCUGACCUGCCUAGGGUCAUCCUGGAGAACCCUACACUGUCUGCUCUCCUGGCAGAGGGAGUUGCAGAGUGCUCUGACCAGCCCAUUUCCUGCCACUUCUGUCCAUUCAUUGCACCAUAUCGCAGCAACUUGGCGAGGCACUUAGCACUGGUGCACAAAGUUGGCUUUGAUGCCAAGUUGACGCAGGACCUCCAGGCACUACUUGAAGGCCAUGUUGCAGCAUCCACCGAGGCUUCUUCUACAGAGGAUGCAGAGAGACGUGACCCAGUAGAGAAUGGAAACCCCGUUAGCUCUCCUCCACUACCUGCUGUCAAGCUGGAACCGGAGGUUAAACUUGAAGUGGAGGAAUUUGAGGAUAAGAUCCACACUACUCCAACCAAUCCACAUUCUCCAAUGAUGGACAAUGAAUCAACCACGGAAGUUGCAGGCAGCGGAUCAUCCAGUGGUGCUGACGUCCCCCGCUAUUGUAAAGCCUGCAACAUCACAUUCUCCUACACAGAGUCGUUCUUGGCACAUAAGAGAUUUUAUUGCUCAAAACCAGAGUCAACUACACCUCCAGAGACUGCAGUACAGUGACCAGUGCAAUAUUCUGUGUCG